GGGUGAGGGGGAUUGCGGCUCCCCGUGAAGAAUGUCAGCCACCAGCGUCGACCAGAGACCUAAAGGACAGGGAAAUAAAGUUUCAGUGCAAAACGGUUCAAUUCAUCAAAAGGAUGCAGUAAAUGAUGAUGAUUUUGAGCCAUAUCUGAGUAGCCAGACAAAUCAGGCAAGUAUUUACAAAACUAUUACAUAUUCUUGGUACUUCAGUAAUAGCUAUCCACCAAUGUCAGACCCAUACAUGCCUAGUUAUUAUGCUCCCUCCAUUGGUUUUCCAUACUCUUUGGGUGAAGCAGCAUGGUCCACAGCUGGAGAUCCUCCAAUGCCAUACUUGACAACUUAUGGACAGAUGAGCAAUGGUGAACACCACUAUAUCCCUGAUGGUGUAUUCAGUCAACCUGGGGCUUUAGGGAAUACUCCUCCGUUUCUUGGUCAGCAUGGAUUUAAUUUUUUUCCUGGGAAUGCAGAUUUCUCUACAUGGGGGACAAGUGGAUCUCAGGGGCAAUCAACCCAAAGCUCUGCUUAUAGCAGCAGCUAUGGCUACCCACCCAGCUCUCUCGGUAGAGCUAUAGCCGAUGGACAGGCUGGAUUUGGCAAUGAUACUUUGAGCAAGGUACCUGGAAUUAGCAGCAUUGAGCAAGGUAUGACUGGAUUGAAAAUUGGUGGUGAAAUGACAGUUGCUGUAACAAAAACUGUUGGAUCAGCUCUAACCAAUACAGGUAUGACAAGUAUUGCAGCGAAUAAUGUGCCUGCAGUCAGCAGUUCAGCACCUAAACCAACCUCAUGGGCUGCCAUUGCAAGAAAGCCUGCUAAGCCUCAGCCAAAACUUAAACCUAAAGGUAAUGUGGGAAUUGGGGGCCCUGCAAUACCGCCACCACCUAUAAAACACAACAUGAAUAUUGGCACUUGGGAUGAAAAAGGGUCGGUGGUAAAGGCUCCUCCAACCCAACCAAUACUGCCUCCUCAGACUAUAAUUCAACAGCCUCAGCCUUUAAUUCAGCCACCUCCUAUGGUGCAAAGCCAGCUGCCUCAGCAGCAGCAACAGCCGCCGCCACAGUCACAACAGCCUCAAGGACCUCAGCAACAGGCUCAGCCUCAUCAUCAGCUGCAGCAGCAGCAGCAACAGCAACAGCUGCAAAAUCGCUGGGUGGCUCCUCGCAAUAGAGGUGUAGGCUUCAAUCAGAGCAAUGGAGCUGGCAAUGAAAACUAUGGUAUAGGUGUUAUACCAGUUAGCUCUUCACCAUCUGGUGUGGAAGUACACCCAGUUUUGGAGAAAUUAAAGGCCAUAAACAACUAUAAUCCCAAAGACUUUGACUGGAACCUGAAGAAUGGUCGUGUGUUUAUAAUAAAAAGUUAUUCAGAGGAUGAUAUACAUCGUUCCAUUAAAUAUUCUAUCUGGUGUAGUACUGAACAUGGUAAUAAGCGCUUGGAUGCUGCGUAUCGUUCACUGAAUGGAAAAGGCCCACUCUAUUUACUUUUCAGUGUGAAUGGCAGUGGACACUUCUGUGGAGUGGCUGAGAUGAAGUCGGUGGUGGACUACAAUGCGUAUGCUGGAGUCUGGUCUCAGGAUAAAUGGAAGGGGAAGUUUGAUGUUAAAUGGAUCUUUGUUAAAGACGUUCCGAACAACCAGCUGCGGCACAUUCGCUUGGAAAAUAAUGACAACAAACCAGUUACCAAUUCAAGGGACACUCAAGAAGUACCCCUAGAAAAAGCCAAGCAAGUGCUUAAAAUAAUUGCUACUUUCAAGCAUACCACCUCAAUCUUUGAUGACUUUGCACAUUAUGAAAAGCGUCAAGAGGAGGAGGAAGCCAUGCGUAGGGAGAGGAAUAGAAACAAACAAUAACUAUAUGGAGACGAUCCUGCUAGAAUUACAACACUAAUGAUGUAGACUCUGGAAAUGCCUAAUAUGUCUAAGAAGACGUUAUUAAAGCUUUGGUCCUGCUUAAGGUGACAUCUUUGAACACUUUAACACAAAAUUGACUCUUCUUGUAAUGGUUCUCAUCAGUGCAUCUGCCCUUAUACUCUCUCACCAAACACACUUGAGAACUGUAACUUCGUCAAGCACUUUCUGUCCUGAAGCUUUUACCAGUAUCUGCUGUCUUUUGUAAUUAUGCAUCCUAGCUAAGGCACAGGAGAUGGAACGAAUGCAAGGAUUCAUUAACUCUUUGAAUUUGUUAAAUACUAACAAUUAACCAUCAUAAGUGGUUCAAUGAUGUGAGAUUCACAUUGCUUCAAUUUAUUUUUCUUUGAUGUAGUUUUUUAAUUGUCAGGUUUUUUUUAGCUAUUCAGCAGAAUUUAAAGCAAAAUCAUGCCAUAUUUAGUCCUGGAGUAAAAUUCAAGUCUAAAUGUUCAUGUGAAAAUUAUUGUAGUAAACUUUUAAUAUGGCAAAGCAACUUUGAGCUACAGUUUAGCCAAAUGAAUUAUAACAUGAAAUUAUAUUAGAAUGUCAUUUCCCUUGUUUCAAACUGUUUGGUGUAGAGAAUAUUAAUAUAUGCAGCUUGGUGGGCCGCACCAGUUAAUGCACAUUUCUUCCCCCCCCCCCGUAACAUGUAUACCAGAAGAAGUGUGUUUGUCUGAGGAACUGUUUGUUUGCUACACUCAAACUCAAUUUUGAGUACAUGUACCUCAGUCUAAAUCAGACUUUUUAUGACCUUUAUAACAACACUUAAAAUCUUUAAUUCCUAUUUCUGGGUGUUUGCAAGCCUGAAAAGAUUGCUAUCAUGGAAGUGAAAAUUUAUUCCUCAAAGUGAUUCACUAGCUAAAUAAACAUUAUUCUUGUUUUAGCAAGCAUAUAUUCAGUUUCUCAGAUUUUGUUUGUUCCCAAUUCUGAAUAUAAUAGUCUGCUAUUUUUCAGUUCAAAAUACUUUGGGAAAUAAAAUGUUUAUUCAUGGUUUCAGUUUGUAUGCUCUCAUGGCUGUGUUUACAUGUUACUUAUUAGUACUAUAUAAUAAAAGCCUAGGAAUCAUAAUCACCU